AUGAUGAGCCUCCUCAUCGACAUGCAAUCCUUUGAAAAACGUGUGAAGCUGAUGGAUCAGAGGAGAGGGUCGAAGAUGGGGCGAGUCACCAUCUACCGGAACCGCGCUCUCGGGCACGAGCAUUUGAUGGAAGACUACUUCGCGGAGGUACCUACAUACCCUCCUCGUCUCUUCCGCAGAAGGUACCGAAUGCGGCGUAGUUUGUUUGUGAAGAUUGUCACCGAUUGUAUUGGAAAGUUUAAGUCAGGACCGGCUUGUGUCAGUUGUCUAGGUAUGCGGUAUGCUAGAAAAAGUUGUGUAGUAUGUAUUGCUAUGUUUGAGCAUGGAGAUUUAUCAGAAAGAUUUAUGAUUGACAGUGCCGGAGCCAGGAUUCGACCAGAAAAGGCUGCAAGGAACCAAUCAGCAUAUGCAAUCUAUAAUGAGUUGGCAGCCUCCUCUCCUCUGACGUCACUUAGAAGUGACAUCAGUGCAGGUGGCACACUCAGGAACUUACAUGAGAGGUAUCAUUCGAGCUAUUUUGGUGGCCUUUCACGCAGCAUGCGAGACCUGGGCUCCCAGAGUGAAGCUUCUAUGCUAAAAGAGAUAUACAGAAGUGACCCAGAGCGUGUGAUAAAAAUAUUUGAAAGCCAGCCUUUGUUGCAUUCGAAUCCUUCAGCACUCUCUGAGUAUGUAAAAGCUCUUGUGAAGGUCGACAGGCUGGAUGAUAGCACCUUGCUAAAAACAUUGCAAAGAGGUCUUGCUGCUUCAGAAAGGUCAGAAGGAAGCCUUGGUAGCGUGCCGGCAUUAAAGAGUGCUGGUCAAGUGACAAAAGAUGGAAUUAUUGGCACUGCGAAUGCGCCUAUUCACAUGGUUACAGCAGAAACAGGUCAAUUUAAGGAUCAGCUUUGGCGCACCUUCCGAAGCAUUGCACUGACUUUCCUUUUAAUUUCGGGCAUCGGGGCUCUCAUUGAGGAUAGAGGAAUCAGCAAAGGCCUUGGCCUAAACGAAGAGGUUCAACCAAGCAUGGAAUCUAGUACGAAAUUUAGUGAUGUAAAAGGUGUUGAUGAAGCCAAAGCCGAACUCGAGGAAAUAGUUCACUACCUUCGAGAUCCAAAGCGUUUUACACGUCUUGGGGGAAAACUGCCAAAAGGUGUUCUGCUUGUUGGUCCUCCUGGCACUGGCAAGACCAUGUUAGCGAGGGCUAUUGCUGGGGAAGCCAGCGUCCCUUUUUUCUCGUGCAGCGGUAGUGAGUUUGAGGAGAUGUUUGUAGGCGUGGGAGCUAGAAGAGUGAGGGAUCUUUUUGCUGCAGCAAAAAGACGAUCGCCUUGUAUCAUAUUCAUUGAUGAAAUUGAUGCAAUUGGUGGGAGUAGAAAUCCAAAGGAUCAGCAGUAUAUGAAGAUGACCUUGAAUCAGUUGCUUGUUGAGCUGGAUGGCUUUAAGCAGAAUGAGGGGAUAAUUGUCAUCGCUGCAACUAACUUCCCAGAGUCAUUAGAUAAAGCACUAGUCAGACCUGGGCGCUUUGAUCGUCAUAUUGUUGUUCCCAAUCCAGAUGUUGAGGGCAGACGUCAGAUCUUAGAGGUCCACAUGUCAAAGGUCUUAAAGGGUGAUGAUGUGGAUUUGAUGAUCAUUGCCAGGGGAACACCAGGAUUUUCAGGUGCUGAUCUUGCUAACUUGGUGAAUGUGGCUGCUCUUAGAGCUGCCAUGGAUGGCGCAAAAUCCGUUAGCAUGAAUGAUCUGGAGUAUGCCAAGGACCGGAUCAUGAUGGGUAGUGAGCGCAAGUCAGCAGUUAUCUCUGAUGAGUGCAGGAAGCUGACAGCAUACCAUGAAGGAGGGCAUGCCCUUGUUGCCAUGCACACGGAUGGUGCACAUCCUGUCCACAAAGCUACCAUCGUGCCCAGGGGGAUGGCCCUUGGGAUGGUGGCUCAGCUCCCUGACAAAGAUGAGACUAGCGUGUCAAGGAAACAGAUGCUAGCAAGAUUGGAUGUGUGCAUGGGAGGGCGGGUGGCAGAGGAGCUUAUAUUUGGGGAUAGCGAGGUGACAUCCGGUGCUUCAUCGGACUUUGAGCAAGCAACUUUGAUGGCAAGAGCAAUGGUUACUCAGUAUGGUAUGAGCAAGCAGGUGGGUCUUGUUUCAUACAACUAUGAAGAGGACGGAAAGACUAUGAGCUCAGAAACGAGGCUUCUAAUUGAGGAGGAGGUGAAGAAUUUCUUGGAGAAAGCAUACAACAAUGCAAAGGCUAUCCUCACCAAACACAACAAGGAGCUCCAUGCUCUAGCCAAUGCACUUCUUGAGCAUGAAACCAUGAGCGGAACCCAAAUAAAGAACUUGUUGGCCCAAGUAGAUAACAAACAGCCGCAGGGGCAUGCUGUUGAAGCCCCACAGAAGACGCCAGCUUCACCCCCAUCUCCAGCGGCAGCGGCUGCGGCCGCAGCCGCGGCGGCAGCACAACAAGCGGCAGCGCAAGCCAAGGGAGUUGCUGGUAUCGGGUCUUAG